AUGCUGCCCACGGAGCCGUACGCGGUCGCGGUCGGCCCGACGGCGUACCACGUCCGGACGCUCGUGCCCCUCGCGGCGCCGUCCAUCUUGCCGCCCGUGGGUCCUGGAUUCGUCGCGGGCCGGCUUCCAGUGCUCGAGGGCGCGCCGCCGCCACCGCCGCUGUCGGCGGGGGCGUCGUCCCCGUCGUCGUCGUCCGUGGCGGGGUCGUCGCGCCGGGUGUCGGUGUGGGAGGCUCCCGCGCCGGGCGAGGAGCAGGGCCCGAUGGAGGCGGGGGCGGCGGGGGGCGGGAGCGUGCUGGGAAAGCGGGGGCGCGGGGGGCGCGGGUCGAAGGAGUCGAAGUCGAGCGGGAGCUCGGAGAGCUCGGAGCAGGCGCACGCGCCCAAGUCGAAGAAGACGCUGAUUGCGUGCCACUUCUGCCGAGCCCGGAAGCUGCGGUGCGACGGCCAGAAGCCGUCGUGCGCGAACUGCAGGAAGCGCAGCAACCCGUGCACGUACGAGGCGCAACCCAAGCGACGUGGGCCGGGCAAGACCCCGCGGGGGAGCAGCAGGAAGCGGGGCCGACCGGCGGACGCGGGGCAGGACACGGAGCCCGAGGCGGGCUCGCUCGCCGCCGCCGGGGCGGGGAUGGGGUGGCGGGGGCGAGAGAGCGUCGGGGGGAGCCCAGGGCGGGAGGCGCACUCGCAUGCGGCGUUUGAGCCGCAACUGACGGGGCCCCAGCCCAUGUACCCCGGCGCAGGCUCCCGCGCUCCGUCGUCCGAGUCGCCCUCGUCGUCAUACCUCCCAGGCGCGCCCGCCCUAGUGCCGUUCACGGCCUACACCCCCGGCCCGAGUCGCUCGUCUGCGUCCGCGUCAGAGAGCGUGCAGUCGUCCGCGACCUCGUCCGCGCCGUCGGUGCCGGACUCGGAGGAGAGCACGUCGUUGAGCACGGACGCGUACGCGGAGCCCCUGGACGACCUCUAG